AUGCGAUUCAUGACACCUGCUGCAGCUUUGCUGUUGGCUGUUGCUGUAUCACCGAGUUAUCAGCAAGAUGACGGUAGCGGUGGAUACGAUGAUGGUAGUGAUGGAUACGAUGAUGGUAGCGGAGGAUACGACGAUGGUAGUGGUGGAUACGACGAUGGUAGUGAUGGAUACGAUGAUGGCACCGAUGACAGCCAAGAUGAUUGUGCAUUGAUAUCGGGCCAUAACUGCAACGCAAACGGCAUUUGCAAGUAUUGUGCCAUGUGUCUUCAAGAUGGAUGUAUUUUGAGCAAAUCAGCAUCAGCCAAUUCUAGCGUAUCUGCUGUAUCACAACAACCGAAUGCCCCUUCAUGCAACACGACUCAAUUUGGGACUGAUGUAUAUGAUUGGUAUGGUUACUGCUUGUCAGGUGGUAACGAUAGAGAUGGUGAUUAUUGUGCUACUAGCGUCGAAUGCUAUCAGUAUCGCAAAAGCAGCAACUCAUCGGUGUCGUAUGUGUGGCAAAAUUUGACGUGUGAUCCAACAAGCUGCCUAUUGAGAACGGAUCGAGGACAACCACCACCUCCACCAGGCAAAUUACCGCCUUCUGAUGAUGGAGAUGGAAAUCAUCAUUCGGGUAGUGGUGGAUCAGGACAUCAUAAAGAAAACGAAACGUUAUCACCCAACAGCGCUGCAGCUAUCGGUUUAAUGGUAACAUGCUCAUGUAUCGUAUUGGCGGGUCUGUUAUGGGUGGCACGAUCAUGGUCACGCCGUCAUCGUCGAAAACGAUCAACAAGACGAUCCGUAAACUCGAAUGAUACAGAGCCAAGUACAGCACCACCCUCAUUUUCAUCCAAUCCAGAAAUGACACAACGACAUCGUGGGCAUCGUAUGCGAGCAUCAUCCUUUUCAUCAUUGCAUUCAGUGGAGCAACUACCAUCUUACUUUUCACCAGACCCAUCUCCACCAAAGUAUGAGCAAGCUAUAGUAACACAAAUACGAGGACUUAUGGCACGUGGGGCUGAAGAAGAUGAAGAGGGCAGCAGCAGCAGUGGUGGUGAGGGGCGAAAUGGAAGGAGUAGCAAUCAUCCACACGAUGCUCAUCAUGAUCCUUUGCCUCCACCCUUAUGGUUGCCGGUCUAUUUCACACCCAACCAUUCUGCGUUUUCAUUUGGGCGAUUACGCCGUCAUCCUCCUUCUUUUGGUCCAGGUAGCAGCAGCAGCAGCAGCAGAGCUCUUCAUAUCGAUGACGAUCCUAUGCGUGCAUUUUGGUAUCAUCAUCAACAACAACUCGAGCAUAUUCAUCCUUCACCUUCAUCAUCAUCCCAUCAGCAGCAGCAGCAACGCAGCAAUAUCAAUAGCAGUGCAAGCAAUAGUAACCUUACCAACAAUAGCAAUGACCAUCAGCAUCCACCAUCACAACAACGUCCCCAGCAACCACCUUCAGCUGAUUGA